AUUGGGUGUCUCCCUGGCAGAGGCUCCUGCCACCCGGCUGGAGGCUCCGCAGGCUCCACCAGAAAGAGGGACCAGGGGCUCCAGCCCUCGGGAUGACUUGCAGAUGUGGCCACUUGCCCGCAGAAGGUGGCUGCUGCAGCCGGGGAAGCAUCACACAGCUCUGACAGGACCUUUGCUGUGGAGCUGAAGCCCAGUGCGACCCGCAGCAGGGAGGGUCUCUCCGAGCUGCUCUUCAAUGCACUCCAGUUCCUGCUCUUCGUGCCUGAGGCAGCUGUUAAAGGAGAGGCUUUGGGCUGCGCUCUGCCUGGGCCAGGCGCGAAAGGAGCCCACCCAGCCUCACCCAGGUCCUGUGUGGGAAUGCUGCAGACCUGCGGGCUGAAGUCACCCUCAGUGAGGGGGGACAUGGGCCCCUGAGCGGGAACUGCUUCAGGCAGGGGGCUCCUGCAGAGUUAAGCAGGCGCCAGGCUGGACAGUGCAGGAGAAAGGCACUGGGGCCAAGGACUGGCAGGGUCGGCCAAGUGUCUGCCCUCUCCCCACCUCCUCGGCCUCGUGCCUGGGGGUAGGUUGUGUCCUCACCCUUCCCUCCUUGGCCACGGGCAGGAGCUGGGGCUGCCCCGGCAGUGCCGCCUGUGGGGCAGGUGCCUGGGUGAACCAGAAACUGCGGUUUUGUGGCCGUGGGUCCCCCUGCCGUCCCCAUUCCCGGGCGGCAGCGCCCGUCCGGGGACAUUGUGCUUUUCCCCGUCCACUCCCCCCGCUGCUGGGCUGCCUGCCCUCCACGCAGGAGACGAGGGAUUUCACAACCCAGCCCAGACAGGAUUAAAGAGAAAUACACAAGUAAACAAAUCGCGGCCUCGUAACGCUGGACGUGCUGUGCAGGGAGUGGAUCCUCCAGGCCGUCAAACUGCCCCUGUCAGAGGAAAGGAGUUGCUUCCUGUUAUUUCCAUUGAAAUCCUUGUCCCGGUCGUUAGCCGGCAGGCUUUGGCAGGAUGGCACCGCGCGCGCACAUGAGCUCCCGCCGUCUCUCCCAAGGGCUCCUGCUGCUCUGGGUGCUCCUGGGACACACUCAGACAGUUCACACGGAUGCAGUGAACACGAGCCUCAGCCAGGAUGCUGGGACAAGCCAACCCACGGCCAUGUCCAAUGGGACAGCCCAGCCCAUAGAUGGGAUUUACACCAACCUCACACUGCAGUGCUGGGGUUACUUCGUCGACCUGAUGAGGGAUGUGAGGACAUCGGACUUGUGCGAGUGGAAAAUCAUCAUCAGGCCCUACAGCGAGCUGCGGGGCUGCCUGGAGUACUGGGCUGAACACCUGAACUACAGCUACCCCAACGCACUGGCGGAGCAGUACAUCUUCCAGAGCCAUGACCACUACUUCCACAACUGCACCCUGGAGCAACCAGUGUACUUGGACCCGCCCGAAGAUGUGCUCCUGGCCAUGAUCAUCGCACCCAUCUGCCUCAUCCCCUUCCUUGUCACCCUGGUCAUCUGGCGCAGCAAGGAUAGCAAGGCGCAAGCCUAGAGCUGCCCUCCCGUCCCACGUCGGGCACGGAUCCCCGGCUGCGGGGCCGCUCGAGCACCCGAACCGCCCGGUGGGCUCUCGGGGCCACCAACCCGCGCUGCUGAGGCGGCCGGUUCCUCCUGCGCCGUCCCCACCCUGCGGCUCGGGAUUAAACGCUUCUCCCCCCA